AUGAUUAAAAAAGACCAUAAAUCACAAUUUGCUAGAUAACCAUCUCUUGGAAAAACAGAAUUUAAUAGCGGAUCUAAAUAAAAUGAUGAAUAAGUAAAAUACAUACUAGCUUAGUAAGCACUAGAAUCACAUCCUUAAACUAUACUGUAAACAUCACUUUUAGAUUUUGUAAAAGCAUAUAAUGGUCAAUCAGAUGAUGAUGUAUAAAGUGGAAAUAACUCUGAUGAAGAUUCUCCUUCAAAUAAUAUUGAUUUUGCAUAAGUUUAUAGUCAUGAAAUGAUUAUGCAUGAACCAAAUAUACCUCGAUCCUAACCUUCAGAAUAAAUUGAAGAGUAAGACUAAGAGAAUCAAUACAUUGUAAGCAAAGACACUACUUAUCUAAAAUAAGAGAAUUAGAUGAUUUUAAAGCAUCAACCAUAAACUACAUAAUUAACGAGCAUUGAGUAAACAUAAAGAACAGAAUAAGGCUUAUUAGAAAUAUUUAGUAAAAGCACAAAUCGAAAAGUAGUUCCAGAAUCUAUUACAAAUACUAAAACAUCAACUCCAUCAUUAUUUUAUUAGUCUACUAUUUAUUAAAAUUUCUCAACUUUUUCUUAAAUUUUACUGUUGCAUGUAUUUUCAUAUAUGAGAAGAAUUUAAUAAUUGAUUUCUGAUUAAAAAAUUACAUUAGGUAUAAGUCAUCUUCCAGUCUAAGACUUCGAAGAUACAAUAUAACCCAAUUAUCAAAAGGCAAAAAAGUUAUUUAAUCUUAAAGUAAUUAAAUAUGUUAAUUAUAGAUUUCAGAGUAAAUUACAUCUUUUUCAUUAUUUCGAAUCUUCUUCUUUGGAGAUAAUAAAUGGUUAACUUUCAAAAUUGUUAUGUUAGCUAUGUGCGAAACUUAUUCAAGAUUUGUUAUGGCUAUUUUAACUCAAACUCUUAUUACUGCUGUCAAAGAUGGAAAUUAGACAAAUGCUUUCUAUUAAGCACUUGCCUUAGCUAUUUUAUCACUAGUAGCUCUAUUGAGUAAACAUUAUUAAUUGUACAUUAUUUUAUUAUAUAAUCUAGAUAUACAAUAAAUAAUUUCUCAACUAAAAUGAGAAUGAUAUUAACUAAUUUUAUAUUUGAUAGAAUUUUAGAAUUAAAAGCAUAUGAAAUUAAAGAAUUUAGUGUUGGAAAUAUUAUGAAUUUAGUAAGUGGAGAUAUAAAUGCAAUUGAAUUUUAAUUAAAUUUUGUAUAUGCAAUAGCAAUUAUUCCUGGAUCUAUCAUUUUUGCAUCAGUAAUAUUAUGGGUAAUCAUAUUAUUUUUUAUGUAGUUAAGAUUCAAUGGGCCAAUAGGAUUGAUUGCAAUACUAAUUUGUAUCAUUAUUUAUCCUUUGCAAAUUUUAAUCUAAAAAAGUGUCUAGAAAGUUUUGACUUAAGUUAAACUCAAAUAAGAUAAUCGAAUAUCUUUUUAAAAUUAAUUAAUUGAAGGUAUAAGACUUAUAAAAAUGUAUGUUUGGGAAAAGGCAUUCUAAGAUAAAAUUUAAGCAAUUAGAAGACAAGAAGUUUUCAACUAUUUUAAAAUUCAUUUUCUAAAUUUAAUUGAUAGAUCUUUUAAUUACAGUGUACAUAUUUGGGGAUCAUAUUUAUUUUUAUUAAUCAUUUAUUUUAAUGAUAUUUAUAUUGAUGUUUCCUCAAUUGUUGGAACUAUUUAAUUGAUGUCCAUGAUCAAAUAUUAUUGUGUUUUUUAAGUUUCAUAUGCAUUUUAAGCAUUCAUGAAUCUGAAUGUUAUAUUUAAAAGAGUGGUUUAAAUUAUGACUUCAAAUGGAUCAAAUAGUGAAAAGAAAAGAAUUUUGUUAACAAAUAUUGAGACUCCAAAUUAAGUAAUAAGAAAAUCUAAUACUAUAAAUGUGAAUGGUAAAAUUAAUACAGCAGCUAACUAAAUAAAGAAAUAAAGUUGUGUAAUUAAGAGGGUUCCAUAUGUUACAAUGGUUGAAGUAAAUUUGAGAUGGAAACCAAGAUCAUUUCCAGUAUUAUCAGAUUUAAAUUUGGAAGUUUUUCCAGGAUAAUUAAUAGGAUUGAUAGGUAGGGUUGGUUCUGGAAAGACUACAUUAUUAUAAUCAAUUUUAGAAGAGUUACCUUAAAUAGAUGGAGAAUUCUAUGUAAAAAAGAAACUUAAAAUUUCAUUUGUUGAAUAAGAUCCAUUUAUAUAUACAGGAACUGUAAGAGAAAAUAUUUUGUUUGGUAAAGAAUUUGAACAUGAAUUGUAUAGAAAAGUAAUGCAAGUUUCAUGUUUAGAUUAAGAUGUAUUAUCAUUUUAGGAUGGAGAUAAAACAUAAAUAGGAGAAAAAGGUGCUAAUUUAUCAGGAGGAUAAAGAGCUAGAUUAAGUUUAGCAAGAGCUCUUUAUGCAUUGCCUGAUUUAUAUUUAUUUGAUGAUCCAUUAUCAGCAGUUGAUGCUAAAGUAGCAAGGAAAAUAUUCACAUAUGCAAUAAAAGAUUUUAUUUUUAAAUUCUAACCAUAAUAUUAAUUAGAAAAGAAUACUAAAUUUCAUUAAUAAUAUAUGCCAUAAAUUCCAGCAGUUAUAUUAUCAACUCAUUAAAUACAAUUCGCUUUAGAAUGUGAUUAUGUAAUUAUUUUAGAUAAAGGUACAAUUGUAAAUCAAGGAACUUAUAAAUAAGUCAAAGAAACUUUAGCUUUAUUUAAUUCUGAUAUUGUUGAACCUGUUAAAAAAUAAUUAGUCAGAAAAUAAACAAGAUUAGCUACUCUAUUAAAUAAGCAAUAAGAAAAAGUUGAAAAGAAAGAAAUAGUCUAACUGUUUUAAAGAGAAGAAUUAAAUUAAACAGAUGCUGGAUGGAAAACCUAUAAAAGAUAUUUCAGUUAUUGGACACCUAUCUUUUUAAUAUUUAUUAUUAUUGGUUAAAAUGUAGCUACUGAAAUUAUAAACAAUUAUUAUUAUAGAGAAAUGGCAUUAUAUGAUGAAACAGAUAGACAAGCUAAUAAUUAAUUAUUUUUAAAUGCUGGUCUCUUAGUUUUGGCUGCUUAUUGUAAUAAUAUAGUAAAAUAUUUCUUAAAUAUAAUUGGAGUUCUUAUUUCUAAUAAUAAGAUUCAUAAUGAAAUGCUCUCUAGAUUAAUUAGAGCACCUAUAAGUUACUUUGAUACUAAUCCAUCAGGAAGAUUAAUUAAUAGAUUUUCUACUGACUUAUCAUUAGCAGAUAAUUAAAUUCAAUAAAUUAUUACUGAUAUUUUUGAAUAAGGAUCUUAAUUCCUUGUCUCCCUUGUCACUAUAGCUAUUUUACAACCAUUCUUUACUUUUCCCUUGGUGUUUACUAUUAGUAUGACUAUAAUCAUUUUUUCUAUUACUCGAUAAGUUGUGUCUUAAUUGAAAAUUUGUGAUUUAAUAUAAAGAUCUCCAUUAUUUGAUUAAUUUAAGGUUUGUUUAUAUGGAAUUACUUAAAUAAGAAUUAAUAAAAGUUAACAUUGGAUUAGAGAAUAAUUUUAUUAACUUUGUAAUUAAUCAAUGUAAGCUAAUUUAAUGUUUUCUUAUUCUUAAAGGUGCUUUGGAUUUUAUAUAGAUAUAUUUGGUUAAUUUACUAAUAUUGCAGGAAUAUUUCUUAUUAUUGCUAUGAUUGAAGAUCCUACAUUAUUUUCAUAGGCACUUUUAUUGUUAUCAACUUUCAAUACUUAAGCUGGUACACUUAGAUAAUUUAUGGCUUUUGAUUCAAUAAUGAAUAGUGUAAAUAGAAUGUUUGAAAUUUGUGAUAUUUAAUUGGAAGCUUAACUUACUCAUUAAAUUGAUGAUGAGUUAGCAGUUAUUGGUUGGCCUGAAACUGGAACUAUUUAAUUUUAAAAAGUAGAAAUGAAAUAUCGUCCAGACAUGCCUUUCAUAUUAAAAGGAAUGAGUUUUAAAAUUGAAGGUGGUGAAAAGGUAGGAGUAGUUGGUAGAACAGGAGCUGGUAAAUCCUCUAUAAUUUAAGCUCUUUUAAGAAUGGCAGAAAUAACACCUGAUGGGUAUAAUAUUUAAAUUUAAUUUUUAGUAAUAUUUUUAUUGAUAAUUAUGACAUUAGAGAGAUAGGUUUAGCAAAACUUAGAUAAGAAAUUGCUAUAAUUCCAUAAGUACCAUUUUUAUUUAGAGCUACAAUCAGAGAAAAUUUAGAUCCAUUGUAUUUAUUUGAUGAUUCAAAAAUUUGGAAAGUUCUUAAAGAAACUGGUUUGUAAGAUUAUGUAUUAGAUCUUCCAAAUUAAUUAUAAUCUGAAGUUUAACCUGAUUUAUUUUCAAUUGGCUAAAAAUAACUUAUUUGUUUGUCUAGAGUUUUAUUGAAUAAAAAAAAGAUUUUAAUUUUAGAUGAAGCUACAGCUAAUGUGGAUAUGGCUACAGAUUCAUUCAUUCAAAGCACAAUUAAAGAGAAAUUUAAUGAUUGCACUAUAAUUACUAUAGCUCACAGACUAAAUACUAUUGCAGAUUAUGAUAAGAUUCUUGUAUUAGAAGAAGGAAAAGUGUUAGAGUAAGGCCAUCCUUUUGAAUUAUUAGUUAUGAAUCCAAAAACUUCAUAAGGAAUUGAUAAAGAAUCUGUUUUUGCUAUGAUGGCUAUUUAAACAGGAGUUAAAAAUGGUUAAGCAAUUUUUGAAUUAGCAAGAAAAUCUUAUUUAUAAAAAAUUCUCAGAAAAGAAUAUAAUAAUGUUAAGACCAUUAUUUAAUCAGCUAAAUAAAGAAAAUCAGAAUUAUUUUCAUAAUCAUCUCUAAAUUAUGAGUAAAAGAAUUUGACUCCUUUUAAGAAAAGUAAAGAAUGA